GAAAACAAACAAUCAAAAUACCAUGUAGUGAAAGUCAAUUUGUUGGAGUAUUUGGGCCAUGGAUUCAACGUUACUCAUCUUGUAAAAGAAAAUAUACAUGUUUUUUUAAAGGUCAAAAUGCAGAUGCGACAAUGGGAAUGAUAUUGCAAGACAAUGAAUGGAGUGGUCAAUGGUAUGAAUUUGAACAAAAGACAUAUAUAAUGUUAUAUAUUGCAUCAACUUCUGAUAUUCAAAAAAUACCUGAAAUGAAA